AUGGGUUAAUGUUCCUCACAAAAGAUGAAACAAUAAAUGAAAGCAAAGAUUUAAGAAGCUAAACAAAAAUAAUCAUAAACAACUACUCCAAAUAGAUAAACAACAUAAUUAAAUGGAAUGAGGUCACAAUCUCGACACAAUACACACUCUGCAUUUUAAUCUCAUAAUGAUUUAAGUCAACCAGGAUAUAGUUUGAAAAAUAUCAAUUAUUUUCUUGUCUAUAGAAAUACAAAUUUUUCUUCCUAUUAUAGCUUACUUAAGUAAGAAGAUAAAGAUUUUCCAUUUACUACUAUUUAACACAACAAUACUGGAAUUGUAAGAAUAAUUAAAAGCUAUAAAUCUUCUGAUUCAAAAUAUAUAGCAUAGCUACUCAAAUAUUAACUUGUAAUUUUUAACUUUAUCUUAGCAUCAUCCAAAUUUAAUAUAAUAAUUUGAAAUAUAUGAAGAAUAAUAAAAGUAUCAUGUUGCUGAAGAGAACAACAACAAAAUAGUAGUGUUAAAUUCAAAAAUUUACAAUGAUGAAAAAGAAAUUGCUUUUGUUUUUAAUUAAAUAGUUGAAGUUAUUGAAUAUCUACAUCAUUAAAAACUAACCCAUGGACAUCUAACAUUAGAGUGUUUUGCACUAUUUGGAGAUAAAUACUUAAAAUUAUAUGAUUUAUACCAUUUAUUUAUGAAGAAAAAACCAACUUUAGAGGAAUCUCACUAUUUACCACCAGAAUAUUUUGAAAAUCAAGAAUAUUCUGAAGAAAGAGAUAUUUGGUCUUUGGGAAUAAUUUUAUAUAAUUUACUCUAUCAUAUUUCUCCAUUCCAAUCUAAUAUACCUAGUUUACUCAAAUUAGAAAUAUUGGCUUCAAAAAUUUCUUAUGAGAAAACAAUAUCAGAUGAAGCUAUAUCUUUAUUAUAAUAAAUAUUAGAAAAAAAUCCAAAAAGUAGAAUCAGUAUAAGAGACAUUACAAAACAUAUUUGGUUUAAAAAAUAAUAAGUUUUUUUAUUGGAUGAGUAGAUUAAAGAAACUUUGUUAAGAUUGAAACAAUCAAAAAAACUUAAUAUAUUAUAAGUUUAUUUGCUUAAAUUCAUUAUUAAUAAUUAUCCACCUGAUAAAUUAAGAGAAAUAUACUCUGUUUUUCGAUCACUUGAUUUAGAUAAUGAUGGUUAUUUUAGUAUUUCAGAACUUAUAACUUCUUAUACAGAAUAUGUUGAAGAUACUGAAAAUACUAAAAUUAUUUGCAUGAAUAUUUUCUAAAAAGUUGAUAUGGAUAAAGAUAAAAAAAUUACAUUUUAAGAAUUUAUAUUGUAUGCCUUUGAUAGAAAAGAAUUAAUUGAAGAAGAAGUAAUUGAUAUAAGUUUCAAAUUAUUAAAAAAUAAAAAAAAUUUUAUUACUGCUGAAACAUUGGCUACUUAAUAUACAUUAGAUAAAGAAUUCUUUACAGAAAUAAUGAUUGAACUUUUAAAAAAAGAUUAUGUAUUAAUUUUCUUAUUAUUUAGAUCACAUUCCAAAACUUCAAAGAUUUAAUGAAUAAAACAGUUUGA